AAUGGUGCGAACAGUCAGAAGCCGGCAAUUGCAGUUUCACCACCAUGGAUAUCUUUUACACUAGCGGCGUCCAAUUUGCUGAAACGCUUCAGGGGGCUCUGCCUGGACUGGAUGAUUUUUGGCUUUGGGUAACCUUUUUGGGAGAUCCCAAAUGUGUCUUCAUAUUUUAUUUCCCUCUUGCCUACUUCCUGCUGGAUAAGAAGAUUGGAUUGACAGUGCUGUGGUUGGGCCUAAUCUCAGAAUGGCUAAAUUUGACGUCUAAAUGGUUGUUAUUUGGUGAACGGCCCUUCUGGUGGAUCUCUGAAUCUGGAUUUUCCAAGAAGAAGGAAAUUUUUCUCCGUCAAUUCCCAUCCAGCUGUGAAACAGGACCAGGAAGUCCUUCUGGCCACUGUAUGAUCACCGGUGCAGCCCUAUGGCCAAUUGUAAGCAUUCUGGCCAGACAGAUAGCCAAGAACUCUAAAAGUUGGAUGGUGAGGGCCGUGCCCUUUACGAUUUAUUUCAUCUUCUUGCUGUUAAUCGGACUAUCACGCAUCUUCAUACUUGCUCAUUUCCCCCAUCAAGUUAUUGGUGGCAUUUUGGCAGGGACCAGUCUAGGUUGGCUACUUCAAUCCUGGGUCCCACUGGAAAGAAGAUUCCACUUCUACCUGAUGACUUCAUUCUCCCUUGGGCUAAGUGCCACAGCAAUUUAUUGGACAUUGGUUACUCUUGGCAUAGAUCUUAACUGGUCAACAAAACUUGCCGUGAAGUGGUGUGAAAAUCCCAAGUGGAUCCGCAUGGACACAUAUCCAUUUGCUUCCCUGUGUCGUGAUACAGCCACGGUCUUUGGACUGGGAUUGACCUUUCACUCUUCAUCCUAUAUCCAACUGAAGCAGGAGAGACUUGGUUGGCUUCAGAGGGGAUGGUGUGCCAUCCUGUCUCUCGUCAUCCUGUACUUCCUAAGUAGUAUUGCCCAGCCACAAGACGUGACUCUGUGGUAUGGGCUGAAUUUUGUAAAGUAUGCCAGUUUCCCGUGGAUAGUAACUUCACUGCUUCCCAAAGCAAUUCAAAAACUGGCUUCUCCAGGAACACCAUCUCACACAGAGUAGCUGGUUUUUCCUUGAAAUAUUUAUUCUUUGACCUUAGAUCUUUCCAUUGAAGCAAAUGCUGUAUUUCCUUCAAGAGGUAGAAUAGCAGUGCCCAACCCACUGUCCAACAUGCAGUCCUGGACAUUUAGUAAUAUGGCCCCACAAGAUCAUAACGUUUUAACAUGAAAAUUCAGUCUGCAGGGCACAUCCGGAAGAUUUCCGGUUCAGUCUCCAGCAUUUUCAAUGGAGGGCUAGAAAAAGUUCUCCAGUAAAAUCAAUGGAAAACUCAAUUAGAUAGUUCGAUUUUAUAUAAGGCAACUUCCUCUAAUUCUACGUGCUUUGUCUUGCCUUGGUUUGGCAAACAACUUGAGGUCCAAGUCCUAUAACUGACCAGCAUAAAAUAGCUGUUUUACCAUAAUGAAGUAGAAACUGUUGUUUCAUUUAUGUCAAAGUUCACCAUUGUUUGAUGCAAUUAGAAAUGUCCCCGUUGAAGGCAAAUGUCCUUAUUCAGUUCUAUAGCCCAAAGAAAUCAAGACAAGAUAAUGCUGUUACUUUUUUUUUCCUGACUGAUAAAUUCUUCCUAGAGCAAAAAUGGCUACUCUGACAAGCUGUCAAUUUUUCUAAAGCUGACUAGUAGAUUAUGAGUUAGCAUCAGGGAAGAGCUCUUUGGAAGGACUGAACAUUCUCUUCCCAAAUAUUCUGCUACUUUCUGGAAUUGAGUUGGAAUGUUUUCCUGAUUUGCGUGAGCAUGGAUCCUCACAAUGGUUACUAUAUGAAUAAUAACAUCCCAUGUUCAUAGAGCAGUAUGCAAUUAUUCAGGAAGAAAGAAACUGAUCCCUUUAAAUCUGUGAAAUAUUGGAAUGGCUUCCUAUUGGAAUCCAGAGCUACAACAGUGUCCAAAUAUGCUUGUCCAACAUUUUCUGGUAGAUCCUAGCCAUUCCCUUCAAAAUCAUUUGAGUUCAUUGUCAAUCCAUUAUAACCAUCCAACCAUGGUUAAUUGAUUUCCCCCCCUAUCCUAUAAUUUAAGUUUAGCAUCUAGUACUGCCUUUCAGGUUAGCAAAAGACUAAUAAAGAGACUUCUUCUUUUAGAAAGGGCAUAAUGGAAUCUUUCCUUUCCUCUUAGUAUGAUGUGUCUUCUUACCACAUGUGUGUUUUGCACUACAAUCAAGCAAUUGGCAUUGAAAAUGAUAACUUCACUGGCAUACUUGAUACAGGGCAGACCUGCCCACCAAAUAAUGGAGAAAUACAAUCUCAGGGUAUUCCAUAGCUGAUUUUCAAUAUUUAAAAAGAUGUUGCAGUAAAUUAAAAUGUUCAAGUUGAUAUUUUCAACUAAUUGUAUAAUGUGUAUGUUUAGGACUAAUUCUCUGCAGAGUAGCUGGUGCGAGUUUAUUUUAUACUAUGGUAUGAUAUUUAAUAAAUAAUAAAUAUCAAAUAGAUAUUUCCACAAAUGAAGCUGCAUUUUACUCACCAUCUCUCUGAUGUUCAUGAAAAUGAACACAAUAAAAGGUUUCUGAUUAUCAAAGAGGUGAGAACACCUUAUUUGCACUAUUUUGUGAACAGUCUGUUUAUUUUAAAAAGUUGUUGCUAUAUGCAGGAUCACUUAUGU